CUCUCCUCCGCUGCGGCAGUCACAGUGAGGCCGCGGGAAGCAACAGAGGCCGCUACCGUCGCGUUUUCUCGCUCACAAACAAACGUUCCUCGCAAGUCAGGACGCCAUUCCUUGCUCGACCCAUGCACGCCGGUGUGGGUGACGGAGCUGCUUGGCCUGUUUGUCCUUGUGCUUGUCUGUGCGUGCGUGCGUGCCUCCCAUUAGCUGCCGGCGCGUGUGGUGAUAGCACGGUUAAUAAGGAACGGUGGUAUGGUGUGGGCGGUGCAAGGGUGUGUGUUUGUACGAGUAGUGUUACGUGCAGUGCUCCCAUACCAUCACUGAUACCGUCACCAGGACAGGACCAGUGAAGCACGCCACGCCACACCACGCCCACCACAACGAUACACCGGACGUGCUUAUCAGGUUAUCACUGUCGAUGUCUGGCCCGCACCAUGAAUGAGAAGGAUUGACUGACACUCCAAAGAACCAGCCUACGUUAUCUUGGCCUGUGUUCAAGUGUCCCUGGCGAAGGAAGUGCGUCAUAGGAAAGGAGUCCUUGGGUGGGGAAUCCUCGUGGGCGGCUGUAUCGAUGACCAGGGAGGAUCGUGAUGCAGUGUCUUCAGCCUCACGCCUCCCACACGGCUAGACAAACAAGAGCCUCCCUGCUCCUGUAUCCUGAAGCCCUGAGUCAUGAGCCCUGGGCAUGAUUGGGCUACCUCUGCCUCUAGCUAAGUAAGCGCUCUCCUGGCCCGCCCGGGAUGCCAACCUCACCCUGACGCGAGAACAGAGUCCACAUGGGUUGUCUUCAGCUGAGGCGAUGGCUGUCCUUCCUGCCGGCUGCCUUCGUCGUGUACCUCCUGCUCCACUACCUCGUGUACCAGCCAGACUUGUCCUCGCCACAGCAGUCCCCGCUAAUAGAUGAGGGGUUGGCGCGCCUCAACGAGAGUGUGGUGGGGGUGGCGGGGGGGUCAAGGAGCCUGCAGAGCGGGCCCCGCGUGCUGCCCCCCCUCACCCCCCAAGAGCUGAGCGUCCCCACCCCCUUGAGCGAGGAGCCCCUCCCUGCAGAGGCCAGUCCCGGCGGGCGGCGCCCCGACGCCUCCAGCGGCACCAGCCAGCUGCCAGGCGUGACAGUUAACCAGGGGGCAGCAGCGGCAGCAUCCCAGGCAGCCACAAAUAAAGGCAGUUCCUCAGCAUUAACAUCCUCUUCCUCAUCCCCAUCUUCAUCCAACUCCUCAUCCCCAUCCUCACCCUCGGCUGGGCAGGGUGGAGCAGGGAAUGAGGCUGCACCUCCCAGUCAGUCCCAAGCACAGCCACCACCACAGUCUCAGGCCCCAGCACAGCCCCAGGCCCCACCACAGGCUCCUGAGCAGCCUGUGGUGGUGCAGGGGACAGGCUCAGCACCACAGCCCAAGCAGACGGUGACCAAGAAGACGGCAGUUGUUAAGAAGACCAACAAUGCAGCUUCUGGUUCCUCUGCACUGCUUGCCAUCAACUUCCUCAAAGGCAAACAGAAGCUUGGUGAGCGCUACGAGUCAGGCUUCAGCGUCCCCCACGAGGAGCUGUGCCUGGACAAUGGGAGGGAGUUGAAGGUGCUGGUGCUGAUCACGAGCGCCCCAGACCACCAGAAGCACCGGCUGGCUGUGCGGCAGACCUGGGGCCACUUUGGCGUGCGGCGUGAUGUGGUGCUGGCCUUCAUGGUCGGCCGCACCUUGAACGGCGACACGCAGGCCAACUUGGACCGGGAGAAUGACCUUUAUGGGGACAUCAUCCAGGCUAAUUUCAUCGACCACUACAGCAACCUGACCCUCAAGACCAUCUCUAUGUUCGAGUGGGUCAAGACAUACUGCUCCGAGUCACACUUUGUCCUCAAGACGGACGACGACAUGUUCAUCAACAUGCCGCUGCUCAUCAGCUUUGUAGACUCCAAGAGCACAGAGCAGCGUGUGCUGUACGGCCGCAUGGCCAAGGGAUGGAAGCCCGUCAGGAACAAGAAGAGCAAGUACUACAUCGAUGCCGGCACUUACAGCAGGACCAGGUACCCAGACUUCCUGACGGGGCCGGCCUACCUGUUCACCAGUGAUGUCGUGGAGGACAUUUACCACAAGACGCUGGACACCACCUUCUUCCCGCUGGAGGACGUGCUGGUGACAGGCAUUGUGGGGGAGAGCCUCAGGCUGCGGCGGGUCGGGGAUUCCAGGUUCAGGAACGAGAAGAUCAAGCUGACGGACACCUGCAGCCUUCUCAAAACUGUCUCCAUCCACAUGGUGAAGUAUGAGGAGCAGUUUGACAUUUACAAGAGAACACUGGAUGGCAAGGCCAAGUGUAAGACGGGAGAGCCGGCCACAGCCCGGCGCAGCACCCACCACUGACAGGCGGAGGCUGGCUGGUACGUGCACAAGCUGACAACGUUAUGCUCAAAAACUUCUUUGGCAGUCUGUGAUUCUCCAUUGAUCGUGAUGGAAAGUGUUUGACAUUUUCGCUGACAUCUAGUCCGUGUCUCAUGAAGGACGGGGUGCGGUGCUGCCCGGCGGUGCUGAGUGGUGCUGUGCGGUGCUGCGCUGGGCCGGGCAAAGCUGACUGACCAGUGGAGCUCUGAGCCAAAGAUGUGGCACAACGGCCAUAUUUAUUUGCUUAUCACGUGUGCCAGAGAUGACGCUCAAGGAGUUGUGACUGAAGCAGAGUCUGUGUGUGGACAGUGUUCGUGUUGUCUCGCCUUCUCUCACCCAUUUCAAGAAAUAUUUCACACUCUGUCAUAAGUAUUAAUCAUCCCAGAACUAUUACUACUACUAUACUACCACUACUACUACUACUACAUAGGUACUAAUCUGACUCCUUAACUUAUUUAUUUUGCAUCGUCACCAAGUUCCACAAAGGAUAGGACCCUUCCUCCUUCCCUCCCUCCCUCCCUCCUUUAUGCCUGUGAUCAUAAUUUUAUUUCUGAUUUGCUCACGUUCUUCAGUAUCAUAGUGGUGCUGCUCCACCAGACAGAGCACUGCGAAGCGUUCCUAGCCUAAAGCAAUGCCGAGUUAGUGGCACUAGCUCUGGCAUUGUCAGGAGAACCACAAGAGGGGCGGCCAGCCUGAGACACCCACUGCACUGGUGGUGGUAGGAACCCAACCUUGUGGAAUCAUUCACUCUUUAUUUUAACCAUGCUGUCGUGUAGAGCAGCAUCAUAACCUCUUUUCUGUGAUAAUCAUGGAAAACCUCUUCAUCCUCAUUGUCAGGUGAUGGGAGUGUAGACAAGGGCAGAGUGGCAGUAGAGGUGAUGAUGGUGGUGCUGCUGCCAUGUUCUUCCUUACUGUGGCCUCCUCCUAACCCAGGCCCCUGCAAGGUGUCUGUCCACUCCUCACCUUUGUGCAACUUCAGAAAUAAGAGCCAUGUUUUUUGGAAUCUUAGGCAUUUGUAUAACGUUGGAAAAGUUGGCCAUAGCAAGAGUGUUUUCCUAAGUACUAGUAUUUUUUAUUUUGUUACCAGUUUUUAUUAGCUGUAACUAGGCAGGUAUUUAUUUAUAAAGGUGUGUAUUGAAUCACAAAGAAGCAAAUUUGAAAUAUAUCAAGUUUUAAAAACAAUAAUAGUUAUUAGACCGUAUGUCUUAUUUUUAUUUUAUUUUGUGACUGAAUAGACAGGUUUUUCAAAAUUGCAGUAUUGAGUUUGAACAUCAGAGGCUAAGGUAUUGUAGAUUGUGGCUUGAUACAAAUCUGUUUCCCUGCUACUACUACUGUAAUUCUGUAUACUUCUUGAGAGGAAAUUAAACUACUUUUAGAGCAAGAACAAUGCAUUAUACACUGCUGGUACUUUUUGAUAAACAACAUCGUAGUGUAGAGAAUUGCCAGGGUGAGUCUCGUAAAGUUUUGUAAGUAAUGUUUGUAUUGAACAGUACCGUGGUGGGCUGAGGUGCUUCUCCUAAGUUGUAGUCAAGCAACAUUGAGAAAUUUUUUUCAAAGUAACUUCUUUCCAAUGACAGGAGAUCAAUUUCAAGCUGGUGUAUUUACCAUAUGAAUUACAAUAUCAAAGAAUUUUUUUCAACUUAUGUAUGUAGAUAGAUUCAUUCAUCAUUCCUGUUGAGUAUAUUAUAGUUGUGCCAGCUUUACAUUGUGCAUUUAUGUCUGGCAACACACAGGCCUGCAUUUGUAAACACUUUGGGACCAUCCUGGAAACUAUUUUGAGAGGCAACAGGGUUUUUUUCUUAAAUACCCAUGGGUGUGUGACUUUCUUACUCUAACAUCCUGGCAGUUUUCAUCUCUAAAAAAGAAAAGUGAACAACUAUUAAGGAAAGUAUAAUUUAUUCAGCUAUUAACUCUUCAUGUGUUUUAUCUCUCCAUAAACACACACAGGAUCUUACGUGAAGUGGUGAGGGUGAGUCUCUGAAACAUUUACGAAUGCAGGGCUUACAGUCACGCAUGUUGUGUUGUGUGUUUACGUUUGACAGUUGUUAGUGGAGGUUUCUCGUCUAUGUACCUCAGCAAACCCACCUGUAUUUGAUUCAUCCGCCGCAUCUCGGAACACUGUCGUCCUCCUGUGUAUGAGAUCACCACAGCUUACCCAUACGUCAGCUGCCAAUAGUUUGUUCUCAUACUAGUCAUAUUUUAAAAACACGUAGAAUGUAGAGAUGCUCGUUUUUUUUAAUUAUGUCGCAGAUUUGGAAACUAUUCGCCUUUUCAUUAGUCUGUACAUGAGCUGCUGUUUUCUCAAUAGUCACAGACGGUACUGCUAUUCUUUGUGGUCCGUGUAUUGUGGUCUGUAAUGGUCCAUCCCCUUCAGUGGCAUUUGCUGGAGAGUGUCAGUGCUAGCAGUUGUUUGUAUGCAGAUAAAAGAGAUUCACUGCUGGGAGUAAAAUAAAUUCAAACUUUCUCCCUCCCUUUACAUGCAUUUCAUAAGAGAGGCUCUCCUUUACUGAUGUUUGUAUGUCAGUGAAAUUGAUAUAUUGCAGAGGGUUAAAAUUUUGCUUCCUACCUCCCUCCUGUUACAUGCAUUUCGUUAGAGGGGAUAAAGUAAAAGACAUGCAUCACUGAGGGUUAAAAGAAUAUUGCUUCCUACCUCCUUUUUACAUGCAUUUCAGUACAGGAAGCCAAGUGUGUAGCUUCCUGCCUCCCUCCUAGAGAAUGUAUCAGGUGUUAGGUGCCCACAGCAGGUCCUUUUUAUAUACCGUAAGUUGUGUAGUCACCUUUGAUGAUGCAAACCUGGUUUUAUCACAUGUUAGGUGGGGAGUUCAAUUUCUGCAAGUGGUUGGCCGAUCAGGGUAGCUCAACUGAGGCAUAAAUAUGAUGUAACUUUUGAAGGUUGUGUGAAGAAUAUUAGGAUGAAUUUGAUCUAGUACAAGGAGAUUUAUGAUGAGUUGUCGGUGGCUGCUGUUCAGAUUAUUUAAAGGUAGUUUUGUAAAGGGUAAAGAGAUGGUGGUAAAUUGUGCACACACACACACACACACACACACACACACACACACACACACACACACACACACACACACACACACACACACACACCUUACAGAUUCUAAUGUAUUUAAUGGAUUAUGUUUGUUUUAUAAAUUUAAUAGGUAAAUGAUUUUGCAGCAAGACAUAACAACACUAGCCAGCAAGAGAUACAAGUUAAAAGUAAUAAUUAAAUCACACAUUAAUUUUUAAAGGUAUCAAAUGCGUUUCACUCUGAGUGAAGCAAGCAGGAACAGAGACAGGCAGAGAUAUAAUGUCCUCUCCAUUACAAUAAGUAGUGUGUGGCUAUAAGUGUAACUAAUUCUACUUUACCAGUAACCUCCUUUCCUUCCUUCCUUCCUUCCUUCCCUCCCCCUUGUGUUCCUUACAAUCAUUACCUCCUCUUCAGUGAACUGUGAUUUGCUUCUUUGUGUUUUAUGUAUUUUGCGUACCAAUAUUUUUAGAGGUGCCGGGUGGGGUAGUGAUUUCUUUUAAGCGACGUGGAAGCAGUUCCAUGUGUCUGUCAGUUAUUUAAGCAUUUAAUUGUGUGUGUUUUGUUCUAGGUCUCUUUCAUUGUGUCAUCCUGUGCAGCAAUUUUUUUUUUUUUUUUUUUUUUUUUUUUUACAUGAGUUAUGAUGUCUCAUUUAUGUCUGAAGUGCAUAAGUGAUUGAUGUCACCUGCAUUAUUGUUGUUUUAUGUACUGUCAUUUUGUAACUUUUUUAUUUUAGUUUAAUAUUUUCCAAGAGGUCCUGAAUUUUGUUUGAAUUUCUUGGCAGUGAAUACGAGGUAGUGAUGGACGUUGCACCGAUCUGACGCAUUAUACAGGGAGUUUGAUUUAUACGUGCACUAGGGAAUGUAUAAUGGAACAAAUUUUAAUGAUGUAUACCAUACUGUGUAAUUUGUUGCACAUUUGGCAGCGUUUUGUGUGCUAUCAGGAUCUUGUUCGCUCUUGCAUGUUAAGUGGCAGAUUAAACUUGGUAGUAAGAGCCCUCGUCUUGAGCACUGUGUUGAAGAGAGUGUUGUGAUGAUAGGAAGUCCACCCAUUCUAAAGAGAGCUUUGUAAUCAUUAGGAACCCCAUCCAUUCUGAACAGAGCUUUGUAUUGAUAGGAGACCCACCGAUACUUGUGUUGAGGAAUGUGAGUGAUGUGUCGGAUUACUCACUACAUGUUUUCAUUAUGUUGUCAUAGCAGAGAGUAAAGAAGACUAGAACUGCUACUCUGAGGACAUAAGGAAGAAUGUUGGUGAAUGUAUGCCUUUUGCAUUGUGAUCAGUUAGUUUUUAUUGAAAUAUGUAUGUUCACUACAAAACUAAGAAAAAUUGGGGAGAAAUGCUGGUGAAUGUAUACCUUUACAUUGUGAUCUGUUAAUUUUUAUGGAAAUAUGUGCAGCAGAAAACUUCAGAUUUUUCUUUUUCUUUUUUUCAUAGGAAAUAAAUGCCAAUAAAGUAAUUGUGUUUUGAAAAUAAGGGAAGAAAUUGACAUGGGAAUAGAUAUUGGUGAAUGCAUAUCUUUCCAUUGUGAUCAGUUAUGGUUCUUAUGGAAAUACGUGCAGCAGAAAACUUGGAAAAUGUUUUGUUCCAUUUCAUGGCAGAGAAAGAUGUUAUGGGAGUAGUUGCAGUCAAAGUAUGGAAAGAAAUUUAGAUGAACCUGAACUCUCCCUUGUGAUCAUGUUUGAAAGAAACAAGUGGAGUAAAAAACCAAGACCAAGAAAAUGACAGCAGUGGAAUUAAUUCAGGAGGAAACAUGCUGAAGCGUGUUUAGCCUGAAGUAACAGAGUUAUCAAGAGUGAGGAAGAGUCAGAGAGCUGUGGUCUCCUUUGCUGUUCUACUGUUCCCAUGCAUCUCCCUGGCUGUGGAGUGAGGGGCUCCACGUCACUCUGCUGUUCCCCGUACACUAAGGAUACAAUGAAUUAAAUUAUUGUACAUCAGGAGGUGAGCCUUGUAGUGAGCUGGAAGGCAAUAGCAUCAUCAUGUCACAUGCCAGUCUCUCAGUCCUUCUCUUCAUUGUUGGCUGAGGUUUGGGAAAUUGUUGUUUGCAAGACUGGCACCACAAACCUGAGAAUCAAAAUUCCAUUGCUCACAAAUUGUCAUAAAUCCGUGUCGCUGGGUAAGGUCCCUCAGAUGGCCUGCCCAUUUCCUUGUGCCUUAAAAACCGACAGGGUUUUUAGGUUGUCCAUGAAAAAUAACAAAUUUUUUUUUCAGUCACUUAUUGUUUAUUUUUCUAUGCCAAGUCUGAAGGGGAAGCUCAAGUGUAGAUUGCUCUUUGCUCCAGCUAUGAAGUGUUAGUCUUUCCUUCACAUAUCAUUUCAAAGUACCAUAAAGUGUGGGAAGUAGCAAUAAGAAGUGUGUUUUUGUGAUAUGCAGGAUUCCAGGCCAGCACUUAAUGACCACACCUUGGUGGGAGAGAAGCAUGGAAGGGUACGCUCUGUCUUCAACCUUGCAUUCUUUGUAAAUAGUUUCCUGAUGGUGCUCUUGCCUCCAGCUCACAGACUGCAAGCCUCGCCCUCCUUGGGAUCUAGUGCCUUACAUGGUUAGGAUUAAGUUUCCCAGCUUCACCACUUCUGAUCCCACUCUCAUUCUCAUCUCCCUGUACGAAUGAAUGAACACUUCUUGUUGUAAAUAAAGUAUUAUAUUUUAUAGUAAA